AUGGACGCGUCUGGCAAAGUGGUUCGCGUCAAAUGGGCUGGGCGGUUGGAACAACUGCUUUUGCAAGGCACUACAGGGACAAAAUCACACACAGACAAACACACAAGCACACUUGCAUGUAUGCAUGAGCCACAAUAUGCAGACGAUUAUGGAGAGAAGCGAAUGCACACUAUGUCCUCACCCCUCCAGCAUGGACUGUGUAGAUUGAAGUACCGGGUUUUAGGUAAUCCGGCCGCCUUCAGACACACCUUAGCGGGACAGCAGGUACACGUGAGUGGAUGUAGUCCUGCUGGAGCUGUCAUCCUGAGACGGAUGGGAAAGACGAGAUUCGAGAGAGUGAAUCUUGUCGGGAGACGAGAGUAUCGCUAG